AUGACUUACCAGAAGAGAAUGGCUCCAAGGAACAGUUCCUCAGUGACUGAGUUUAUCCUUGUGGGAUUGUCAGAAUACCCAGAGCUCCAGAUCCCCCUCUUCCUCCUGUUCUUAGGGAUCUAUGUGUUCACUAUAGUGGGCAACUUGGGCUUGGUCACCUUAAUUGGGCUAAAUUCUAGUCUUCAUACCCCAAUGUACUUUUUCCUCUUCAAUUUGUCCUUUAUAGAUCUCUGUUACUCCUGUGUGUUUACCCCCAAAAUGCUGAAUGAUUUUAUGUCAGAAAAUAUUAUCUCUUAUAUAGGAUGCAUGACUCAACUAUUUUUCUUUUGUUUCUUUGUCAAUUCUGAGUGCUAUGUCUUAGUAUCAAUGGCCUAUGAUCGCUACGUGGCCAUUUGCAGCCCUCUGCUGUACACAGUCACCAUGUCCCCUCGGGUCUGCUCUCUGUUGAUGCUGGGUUCCUAUGUGAUAGGGUUUGCUGGGGCCAUUGCCCAUACUGGAAGCAUGCUGAGACUGACCUUCUGUGAUUCCAACAUCAUUCACCAUUACCUCUGUGAAGUUCUCCCCCUUCUACAGCUCUCUUGCACCAGCACUUAUGUCAAUGAGCUUGUGUUUUUCCUUGUUGUUGGAGUUGUCAUUGUUGUAUCCAGUGUCAGCAUCUUCAUUUCUUAUGCAUUGAUUCUGUCUAACAUUCUUCAGAUUCCCUCUACAGAGGGCAGAUCCAAAGCCUUUGGUACAUGUGGCUCUCACUUGCUUGCUGUGGCUCUGUUUUUUGGGUCUGGGGCAUUCACUUACUUAACAACCUCUUUCUCUGGAUCAAUAGAACAGGGAAAAUUUGCCUCAGUCUUUUACACCAAUGUGGUUCCAAUGCUUAACCCUUUGAUCUACAGUUUGAGGAAUAAAGAUGUUAAAUUUGCUCUAGGCAAGACCCUGAAGAGACUAGUCUUCUGACGGGUCAGGUAGUAUUAUAGGCAAUUAAGUCC